AUGGCGAGUCAGCUUGGUUUUGCUUCAAGGCCCAAAGAGCCGGCAAGAGCCGGUACGCCCUUCCAAAUUGUAGCCAAUUUUUUGGAAAUCGCAAAAUUCAAUUACCCUACUGUUAAUUCAUAUUCUUUAGACAUUAGGGGUAGGGAUAGAAAUAGUUCGGUGAGCAAAAAAGAUUACGAUAUGAUAUUUUUGCAAAUUCUGCGAGAAGGGAAGUUGGGUCGAGGAGUAGGUGCCGCGUAUGAUGGAAAUCUUGUGUAUUCCAUCACAGAACUUACCAGAGCGGGUAACAAGAGAGAAAUAAAUGUCGUGUUCACACCAGAAGGCGAUGUGGGUAGACCAAAAAAUUUAAUUGCAACCCUAAAGUAUUCCCGACAGUUUGAUCUUGGCGGGAUUGCGGAAUAUGUUAGAGUAAACUCUAACAAAUCCUGGAGCUCCGAGAUUCAGACGAUACUGAUCGUUCUCAACGCGUUCAUUAACUCGAAAGUUCGAGCUCAGUUUUCAUCUUCAGCAAAGAAAGCGAUUUUUAUUCAUAGAUCACAGAACGAAAGGGUAUUUUUGAACGGGGGAAUAGAGCUGAAGAAAGGAUACUGGCAGACCAUACGUCCCGGAUGGGGAAAAUUGUUUAUAAACAUCGAUUUAUGUGCGACUACAUAUUAUCCAUCUGGAAAAUUGAUUGACAUCAUUCCUCAUAUUAUCGCGAAAUCGCGGGAUGAAUUGCGACAAGGGUUAACACCAGAAGAGAUAGAACAUCUCUCGGAAUUUCUCAAGGAUCUUGAUGUCACGACCACCUAUCGAGGCGAUAGAGGAAGACGUAAGCACAAGGUGUUCCAAGUAUCUGCGAGAUCUGCCGAUCAAUGUACAUUUGUGGCGGGAGAUGGAAGAAGAAUCAGUGUUGCCGAAUACUAUAGGGGACUCGGAAUGCCGUUGGAAUUUCGUAAUCUGCCAUGUAUUGUGGUGAGAAAGCCUCAUAAAGACGAUGUUCUUUUGCCUUUGGAAGUUUGUGAACUUCUACAAGGUCAAAAAUACAAAAAGAGACUAUCACCAUAUCAACUUCAGGAAAUGAUAGGAAAGGUUACAGUCAGGCCUGAUGAUAGAUUCCGAUAUCUGGAUUAUGCCUUGAAAAAUAUUUACAAGCAUCAAUCAGACGAGAAUAUCUCCUCUAUCGGAAUGGAAGUAGGGAGCGAGUUUGUUAAACUUAUGGCUCGUAAUCUCGCGCCGCCCAGAUUAAUUGAUCGUGAGAGGAAACCGAUCCAACCAGUUAUGGGUAAUUGGGAAGUCAAAAGGUUCAUAACGGGAAUUAAUAUUUAUAAUUGGUCCGUGGUAGUUUUUGAAGAUAUGAAAACAUUACCGAUAGAAAUAUUAAAAAACGCAUUGAUUCAGCUCAUGGAAUUAUUGACUCAGAAAGGACUCAAUAUUGUAAACAAUAAACCUCCAAUUUACUAUGCUAACCCAAACGGAGAUUAUUCCAAGUCUUUACAAAUUGGUUUCAAUAAUGCCAGAAUUAAUCGGGGAAAAGCACCACAAUUAAUUAUAUGUGUAAUUCGUAAAAAGUUAAAGGGUGACUCAGGGAUACGUCCGAUAAUCAAGAAAACAUGUGGAACAAUCUUGGGAGUAAUAUCUCAAUGCAUUGUGGCUUCAAAUAUUGGAUCAGAAAAAUGGCGGCAAAUUUGCGGUAACCUUGCUCUUAAGAUCAAUGGGAGGCUGGGUGGUACGAAUAGUACCUUAUACAACCAUGAAUUGAAGUUUAAGACGACUACCACACCGAUGGUUUUGGGGGCGGACGUUUUUCAUCCUGGUAUAGAAGAAAAGAGAAAAGGUCAGCCCAGUGUAGCCGCGGUAUGCGCCUCGAUGGACCCAGAAUUAACAAGAUAUGUUGCACGAUAUGGAAUGAAUAAAAUAUUAAACAAUGAGACUAUCGAAGAUAUAGAAAAUAUGAUGAAAGAUUUACUCGAACAAUUUAGAAGGAGAAAUGAUGGUGCUCUUCCCGAGCAAAUUAUAUUUUAUCGCGAUGGUGUUUCCGAAGGACAAUUCCAGACAGUAUUGGACGUAGAGAUUUUUGCUAUCAAGAAUGUGUUCAAAGAGGUGUAUAAAUAUCAUGACCCGCCGAAGUUAACAUUUUUAAUUGUUCAGAAAAGGCAUCACGCCAGGUUUCUACCUGUAAAUGAGAAAGACCGCGAUCCAAAUGGUGGAAAUUGCAAACCCGGCACCGUGAUUGAUACGGGCAUUGUUGUACCACAGAAUUUUACGUUCUUUCUGCAAAGUCAUGCAAGUCCACUCGGGACGGCUCGAUCCGCUUAUUAUCAUGUUAUUCUUAAUGAAGGCAAUUUCUCGGCAGAUGAGAUUCAGGGAAUCACUUAUAGGCUAUGUUUCUUAUCUGUAAGAUGCAAUAUGGCCUUAUCACACGUGACUCCAGUACACUAUGCGCACCACAUCGCCAACCAAGCGAGAUACUUUGUUGAUUAUGAUCCAAUUCCUGUCAGUGCUCGCGGCGGGAGAGGUGGUCGUGGAGGUAGGGGUAGGGGCGGUCGUGGCAGUAGAGGUGGUCGUGAUAGACAUGCUGAGGAACCUGCCACCGAAAAAGUGAUGGUGAGAAAUGGUUCCUGUGCGAGGGUUAAGGAUUCUAUUUUAAAUGAAAUGUACUUUGUUUAG